AAAAUUGUGUCAACUCUCGAGGCAUCAGUUUUCUUUCAAUCAAUAUUCUAUCUCGACGUCACUUUGCUUACCAUUAGGUGUAGAGGAGUCACUUUGGUAAAAAGACACUAUAGACGUUAAACAUGGCCGAAACUCUUUUAGACAAAUUGUUGUCGAAAAUCAACAUUUUGUUUCGAUGCAGUGGCACCAACAUUGCCAUUGGCAAAGCUGCCCCGACUAACACUAAAAGGAACCGUUGCGUAUAUGUUAUAAACUUAAUUUUGCUCAACACUGAUGUUCUUGGAUCCACUUGCUGGUUUAUAUCAGGCCUAAAAAGCGGUAAAAGUUUCACUGAAUUAACUUAUAUUGCACCAUGUAUCAUUCUUAGUAUUCUAAGUGAUAUGAAGUCAAUGUCCAUUAUCAUUUAUGAGAAGAAAGUGUACCAACUUAUGGAAAAUUUGAGAAUGAUGGAAGCACACGAAAGGAUUCGAGAGAAUACUGCAGAAAGAGGAAAGAUAAUAGAGAAAGGAGUAAAUUUCUUGAAUCUGGUAAUCAAUGUGUUAUAUGUUUUAAAUAUAAUUUUGUUAGUAUGUUUUGCAUUCCAUCCACUUGUUGUGAUGAUGUUGAAUUACAAGAAGACAAACGAGAUAGAGCUUCUGUUGCCGUUCCCUAUUGUGUAUCCGUUCGAUGCUUACAACAUCAAGGUUUGGCCAGUGAUUUACCUUCGGCAGAUAUGGUCAGAAAUUGUGGCCGUAUUCAACAUUUGCGCAGCUGACUUCGCUUUCUAUAACUUCUGCUCCUACAUCACUAUUCAGUUUAGAUUACUCCAGUAUGACAUUGAACAUGUCAUAACGGGAACUCAAAAGUCGAUCUACAACGAUGAAAUGCGUAGCGGCAGAAUACGAAAUAAAUUAGUAGAAAUUAUUAAAAGGCACCAGGAAUUGAUUACGUGCGUGAACCUAUUGGAAAACAUUUACUCUGUAUCGAUGUUGUACAAUUUUAUAUCAAGCUCUGUUAUUAUUUGUCUCACCGGAUUUAAUGUGACGGAAAACAAAGACAUGAUUCUAGUGAUUACAUUCUUCACUUUCCUCUUCAUGGGCUUGCUGCAAAUAUUAUUCCUUUCUUUCUUCGGAGACAUGUUGAUGGAUGCGAGCAUUGAAGUGAGUAAUGCUGUCUACAAUAGCAAAUGGUACUUAGUUCCUCCAAAAACGCGCAAGACUUUACUUUUAAUUCUAACUCGUGCUCAAAAACCUUGUAAGCUGACAGCAUACGGUUUCGCUGACGUCAGCCUAAAAGCAUUUAUGAAGGUGUUGAGCACGUCGUGGUCCUAUUUCGCCCUGCUUAAAACUGUUUACAGCACAGAAUGAUCAAGCAAUUUUGAAUAUCUAUCGAAACAUAAUUAUUGUAGAUUAAUAAAAAUACACAUAAUCUAUUUUUGAAAGUUUCUAAAAUAUUUACAAAAUAUUUUGAAUUUCUUAUCUUUUAAAGCUUACUUAAAUUAGUGUUAUAAAACACAAACGUUGACAAAAACUAAUUAUCGAAACCACAGGAACCACGUAGAUCAUGUUGUGUAACGAGAAAUGGAGAGAAAUAUGUUAAUGACAACUCACUUAUUAGUGUAGAGCUGCAAAAGAAGAUAGUUGUACAAUUUCUUAUAUGUUUCUUUUUUAAAUUUACACGAUCUAUUUAUUGCU